GUCCUCAGACUGAAGCUGUCUGCAUUAUGUUUGGCCCCGCAUGGCAGUGAGCACUGUAGGACUGCAAACCUUUUGGGAAACCACAGCUCUGCAAGGGAGAAAGCUCAUGUACCUGCAGUUUGAAUUUGUGUGGCAGCUGUGGAUUCAGACUUCAUCUGGCCUGAAAAAUUUCCAUACAUUUAACCACUGGGGAGAAACAAUAUCCUCUGCUGCCCUCUUCCCAGAUGCAGGGCAGGCAGUGCACAGUGCAGCGCAGCGUGGUGCAGCUGGGUCAGUCGCCCGCUCCCUGCUGCUGCCUCCCUGCCCUGCUGUCAUUUUCCAAGCCUUCGUCAUGGCAGAGCUGGGCUGCUCACCUCUUCCCUGACCACACGGCUGUUGUGGGUGCCUUUCAUGGUCUGAGUCUCAGCAAAAUCAGCCAGCUUCUCUCAUGGGCUUGGGGAUGCUGCUGACUCUGCCCAGUGCUCUCCGGGACAGGAAUGAGUUUCCCAGCCACAUCUGCUGCCUCUGACCUUGGUGAACCCAAAGACAACCUUUGGGACUCAGCAGUUUGCAUUUAAAAUCUCUUUUCUGAGAUAAAACCCUCUUCCGUCUCCCUACAAGAAGAGAAAGAAGUAGUUGAGCUGAAGGUCAGGAGUGUAUGUAUAUACAUUAAGCUACUGUGAAUACAUUUAGGCUGGAAACUAGAAGAAAGUCCCUAUUCAUUGGCGUUGUCAGGACAAGAGCAGGAGGGUGAAGCCACUUGAAACAUGGGUGACUUGAAGGGUUUACAUGAUGCAGUGCGUAUGAUGGCAGGAGACAGAGCAGGAGGAACUUUUCUUACUUUUUCCUUCUCUGUUCUUGAAAGCAAUGUCUCAUGCGGACCUCAGCACGACCCAGAUGUUUUCUUAGUGUCAGUUAGAGGAUGAAAUAUAUAUUCCUUGUGUAUCAUGGCAUGUUGACCUUUUUGCACUGCUGCUAAAAAUGUAAAUUCAUGCCACUGCAUGCUCACACUCUCUAUUUCAGCUCCAGUCCAACAUCUCAGGAAAACCUUAAGGAAGGAAAAAAUACUUGCUUUCGGGAAAUAUGUGUCAAGACAUUAAAGAGCAUCUUCCAAGAUGAAUGCAGCGCAACGCUCCCUGAAAAAAGGCUGGCUGACAAAGAGGAAAAAAUCCAUAAGCUGUCAAAGUGGGUACAACAUGAAUAUGUGACGUUGGAUGAUGUCAAAUAUGUUGCUUUACUUUUGAAAGAAGAAGAAAAAAAGUCAGAGCGCAUGCUACCUUUUGCAGCAGUUAUGGGGAAUAAGAAACUAGAUGAGUUCCUCAUGGCCCUGCUUUUCUACUUAUCUUUUUACCUUGAAAAAAUUGCCCUGGAAAAGGAAACCACAUCCUUGAUCUCGGGCUGAUUUAUCUGGAUUGAAGAAAA